AUGAUGCUUGGUGAGCGUGCCAAAGUCAUGAUACAUAAGUAUCAUGGUAUUGACUGGCUCCUUUUUGUCAUCCUCGCGUUUAUACUUUUUUUCUGCGAUAGAUACGUCACGCCGCACUGCCGCCCCUUCCAAUGGGAUGACCCAACCAUCAGCUACCCACAUUCGAAGGAUACCUUCGGGUCGUUCACGAUCACCUUGAUCAUCGUCGCCUUGCCGGUUUUUUAUUUCUUGUUUGAGAAGUUCGCCGUCAAACCCCUCCGUGGGAUCCUCGGCGAGCCCAUGUCGCUUUACUCGUUGAAUGACGUGAAGAAGACCUACGAAGGGCCGCUGCGGGCGCUCAUGUCCGACGCCAUGAUUUCUGAGAAAUCCCUACACCACCCCAACCGCUCCAUGGCGUACGUGGAUGGACCGAUCUAUUCGUGGAUUCGCGCGCAUCUCUGGGCGUGCUUGAUGGAGCUUUUUUUGGUGGAUAUGUUGAAGCUCUACGCGGGGCGACUUCGUCCGGAUUACCUCGCCCGAUUGGCUGAGGCUAAUUACAGUAAAAAGUCGGGCUCUCCCGAUCCGAAAACGGAGAUGCAGUUCUACUGUCAACUCAUGCACACGAGUUCGACAUUGCGGGAUGGUCGGAUGUCGUUUCCGUCCGGGCAUAGCAGCUCGUAUUUUGCGGUGUUCACCAUCAUGUCGUUUUUCCUCUUCGCACAUUUGCGGCCGUUUGCGCGGCAAGGAAGUUUUAUACGGCUGCUCAUCGCGCUUUCUCCACUUUCGGUGGCUUUUAUUUGCGCGGUGAGCCGCACGCGGGAUCACAAACACAACUUCUCCGACAUCUCCGUGGGGUCCGUGUUGGGGGUGGCGUGUGCGAUUUUGGCGUUUUCGACCUCCUUCCGCGUGGCGGGCGGGCCUUUGACGGUGUACCUCGCGCGGAGCGAGAUCGAUGUGGAGUAUUUGCGGCAUUACCGCAGCUCCAUCUUCAACUCGCGCGGGAAUAUUAAAGAUUCCGUGACGAUUCCACUCGAAACCGGGUUAGCGGCGGCGAAGAAUGUGCAUUAUCAGUCAACCGCGCGGCGAACGGAGGAGUCGAACUCCGUCGAAUACGGAAGAUCCCCGAACACAGAAGUCGAAUCGAGAGAAGCGGGCGCAGGAGGGGCGGGCCAUGCGAUCGUCAUGUUUCCCAACGACGAAACCGACAGUCGUAGUACGGGUUUGCCUUUACCGCGCAAUAUGUUGGUAACGGAGCUUGAGCUUAACGAAAACUCUGAGGCAGUGUCGUGGCUGUAA